AAUAAACGAGAGAAGAAGAAAAACCCCCGAAGAAGAAGCCGCAGCCGCAGCUUGGCAUCAUCAUGCCUGCUGCUGUCACGAUGGAGGAAAAUUUUGAUAAACUUUUAGAGCAAUGCGAAGUUCAGGAACUCGAGGCUCCUGGGGGCAUCGCAACACCUCAAGUCUAUGCUCAGCUUCUGGCUCUCUAUCUGCUCAACAAUGACAUGAAUAAUGGCAGGUAUCUCUGGAAGAGGAUUCCCCAGGCAAUCAAAUUAGCCAACCCUGAAUUAAGCGCCAUCUGGGCCGUCGGCCAGCGCAUUUGGCAGAGGGACUUUCCUGGGAUAUAUACAGCAAUUUUAGCGUACCAGUGGUCGGAGAACAUUUUCCCAGUCAUGGAAGCCCUUCAAGAGAGCACUCGGCAGAGGGCGUACAGCCUGGUGGCGCAGGCGUACACUUCCAUCUCAGCAGAGGACUUCGCUGCCUUCGUGGGAUACUCAGUUGAAGAGGCAGUUAAGGGUGUAGUGAGUCAAGGAUGGCAGGCAGAUCAAACUACCAGAAUGGUGAUGCCCAAAAAGCCAGAUCCUCCCCCCGUCUCCUUGGUUCCAAACGAGCAGCAGCUCGCCAGACUCACAGAUUACGUGGCGUUCCUCGAGAACUGAGGAACAACUGCCGCCCCGUUUCAUCUGUUAGAUAUUGGAUAGACUUAGUCCCACUCUGUAGAUUAAUAUGUAUCAAAAACACCUUAAAUUUCCGUGGAUACUUCUGUUUAUGGGACGCUUCUCAAGUACAUGCUUUUUAAUGUUCAGCAAAUAUUGUACCUUAUCCUAUUCAUAUGAUGAAAUGUUGUUUCUGCUCAAACUUGUGUUGUAAGAUCUUUUUUUGUGUCCAAUUUCAUAAGUAUUUAUGUGAUCACACAGCGUUUUUUUCCAUGUCGUUAAAAAAAUUCAAAAAUCAAUUUACUAGUGUGUCCAUUUUCCCACUUAAAGGAAGCUCUGAAACCAAGGUCAUCAGGUCAGGGGAGUCUUGGCAUGCGUCACUGUGAGAACUCAGACCUACAGUAAUGCUUAAAGUUUAUAUUUUGUCUGAUGAAUAAAUUCCUGGCUGUUUUUAA